AUGCAUUAAUCUUUGUCUAGCAAUUUUGAGCAGAAGAUCGUUUUAGAGAUAAAAUCAGACUCACAUUCAUUUGCAGAAAAAGCAAUCGAAUUUAUUGACAAUGGUAUUAGACUGAUCAUAACUAGCAAAAAUAAACAAGCAACUGAAGUUACCUGUCCACACUGUAACUAAAAUUUAAACAUCACUCAAGAACUCACAAAUCUAGAUAAUAAUAAUUUAGGAGAGUCCUCUAAAAUAAUUUUUGAGAGUUAAGACAAAAGUACCCUUCUCUUAGCAAGUAGAGAUGAGGAGCUUUAAUAAUCUAUAAAGGAAAUGAAUCCGCAAUUAAUCUCUGUAGGAACCUAAACAGCAUUAAUAUCACAGCCUAAGAUAGUUAUACUAAACAAGAUUGCAAAUCAGUAGACUUCAAAUUCUCAUUUAAUUGAAUCAACCAUCUAAACUUAAAUCAAAGAUAAUAUGAACUCUAAAACCCAGGAAAACUUCCGUAAAGAGGAAUGUAUCGUCUUGUAAAGCUGUGAGACAUAAACUGAAUAGACAACUUCUUUAUCAGAGUAGAAGAUUCUUUCAUCAACAAACGCUUAUCUUAAAUAUCAUCAAAGAGAUCAAAAGAAGUUUAGUGACGAAUACAUAACAUCUGUGCUUUCAUAGAAGAAAUAAUAAUAUGAAUCCAUUUCCAGUAGAGAUUACUAAUCUCUCUCAGGCAGGCAAUUCUCGACAAUGAGUGAGUUUGGAACCCUUAUCUCAUCUAAUAACUCUGCAUUUCAGGCCUUCAACUCUCUCAAAUAGCAAGAAUUCAAUUGCCCAUCUGAAGAUGCUUAGAUCACCUCCAAAUCUUAAUGCGUACCCUAGAAUACAUAAUAACAACAGCUCUGUCUGUCCAGAAUAGCUGGUAGGGAAAUUUGCAAGUUAAAAGAGCUCUCGUAAUCAAGAGCUGAAUUCUUCUCGUCUGUUAGCAAUAGUGAGGUCAUCAGAUAAGAUAAUAUUGACGCGGAAAUGCCCUCUCAAAAUAGUUUAAGUGAUAUUGAUAUUAGCGAAAGUGGAUCCUAAAUCUAAUCAGAAAUAUUAUAUGUUGACGAAGCCCCUUUCUUACCUAAAAAAUGUUCUCUUAGUUCUGUUUACAAUCUGAGUCGAAAAAUGAGAGUUUUAAAAAACAAGGAAAGUAGUAUUAACAAAAUGAAGGUUUCCUCUAAUUCCAAAAAGAUAAUUAAGGAUAUUUAGGCCCAAGUCAAGAAGAAAAAGAUCUACUUGAAUGUUGACUCUAAUAAUUCUCCAUAGCAAAUUUAAUAAAAAUAAAUAUCAUAAUUAGAGGAUUUUAAAGAUUCAGAGUUUAAUUAAUCCGACCUUAUAAUUCACCAGCAUAAUAACUUAAAAGAAAACAGCAAAAAGACUCUUAACUCGGAGCCUAACACCAGAGUUAAGAAGAAAAAAGAUAAGACAUCUCUCUCUUCACCUACUUCUAAAUAUCGAAAGUAUUAAUGUAAAUUUUGCAAAAAGAGAUUCAGGAUCUGUGCGGCUUUAGGAGGGCAUAUAAGCAAAGCGCACCCAGGACAAAGUUCAGCUUAUAAUCAUAAAAAGCAAGUUCGAGAAUAGAGAGAACUCGAAAGAUAGCUGCACAAAGAUGCUAUGAAUUUUUACUUUGAAAACUUUAACAACGUCCAAGGCCUAGAAAACAAUGUUUUGAAUCGUAAUACGAUCAAAAGAAUAAAGAAAAUGCUUGUUUAUAAGGAAGAUCAAUAUUAAUCUCUCCGUGAAAAGUUUCUUGUAAAUAAAGAGGAUGGGACUGAGCAUGAUGCUCAAAGGAAAGGAUCUUAGACUGAUUAGGACGAUAGUAAUGAAGAAAUUACAGAACCCUCAAUUUUGAGGAUUCUUGAGUAAAAAGAAAAAACUUAAGUUGAAGUAAUUAAGCGAACUACUAGAGCGAGAAUUCAAAAUUCUCAAUUAAACUAAUGA